CCAACAGAUUGUAAUUGUAAAUUCAUAGGUAACAGAAUUUCAUAUCUGAAAACAUUAAUCAGUUUUUAAUAUUUAAUAGCUCUUUUAGGUAAUAGCCGAUUAAAGUGUAAUUUGUCUUUGACAAUUAUAAGCGACUAUUUAAAGCUUAGUUUUUGGCAUUUAGCUCAGUUGUCCAUAAAACCUUGACACUUCAAAGUGAAUAGAAACAUGCAUUUUUCCGUUGGGUUUCUAGUGACCAUGCUUUUAAUCAGGAAGGUCCAUUCUCUAGUUGAAAUAACGAACUUUAAGUGUGAGUCAUUGGAUCGAAACUUUUCCAACUUCGAGUACUGUCGCCUAAAAUCUGUGAACCGGACGUACAAAUACGUUUCCCUUAAGGUUAACCUCUUCCAAACUCCCGUGAAUCAAGUUAAGGUUAAUACGGCCUUUUAUAAGCGCUUGAAUGGCUAUAAGCCCUUUCUCUACAAUGUAGCUGUAGACGGAUGCAAAUUUAUGAAAAACCAGAACUCAAGUCCCGUUUCUAAGUACAUCUUCGGUGUUUUUAAAGACGCCUCCAAUAUAAACCAUUCCUGCCCCUACGACGUACCAUGGCAUGACAUAUUUGUGGAAAAGCUAUCAGCAGAGAAUAUUAAUUUUCAAAUAACGAAAAUUCUUCCUUUUCCUGAAGGAAAAUAUAUGAUUCAAAUGCACUGGUUCGCCUAUGAAAUUAACCGAGCCAUAAUUCGAUUAUAUUAUACACUCACAUAAGAUAAAUAUAUUCAAACAGAACCACACAAGUUUUAACUUUUAAUAUGAAACAAAUCAUCGCUGUGCAAAUAUCAAAUUCAUUCGAAAUCUACAGACUGGAACGCUUCAAUAGUAGUUUUUAAUAAUUAUAAUGUUAUUAUUUAGUGCGUUAUAUUUAGUGCGCUCAUUAUACCCGUUAAUCGUAGAUUAAAAGGGUUCGUUGAAAAGUAAGUGUAACUGGUAGAAGAAAACGAUAGUGACCAUAUAAAGGAUAUAUAUUCUUG